UUGACUACAAGGAUGCGUCAGGAUUUGAACUCUUAUUUAAGUCUUAAUCAUCAGUAGAGCCAGCAAGCUCCGACUCUCUUUCUUUCUUAAGACCAGUAAUUUCUGUGAGGUUCAAGCCUUUUUGCACUGAUCUAUUCUAAACCAGGAACAUUCUCAAACCUUCCUCAGUAUCCCCGGAACCCCUAUUGGAUGUAACAGAAAUAAGAGGGAAAGACAAUGACAAUAUAUGCUUAGAGUUUGUAAGGGAUGUAGAUUAGAGAAUAAUAAUUAGAACUUACAAUUCUAGCAAUUCUCUGGUUAAAGUUCUUUGUUCAGUUGACUCUUGUUGUCCUAGCAACUCAGAUAAAUAUGAAAUGAUGCUUCAUUUGGAUUUCAAGAUGAGUUCAGCUUCGGGUUGUGGUUGUGAAGAAGAGCCAGAUUUGACGAAUAAUAUGCAGCCAGGAAACAUUACUGCUUGAGUUGGAAAGCUACAGAAAUUGUGCAUGAUAGAUUGCUUUCACUAUAAGUAAAUGCAUUGAAUGGUGACUCCUACUCUUUAGUGUCCACAACCCGGUAAAGACAGGCCCAGAAAUUUCAAAUACUUCACGAUCAAGAUAUUAAUUACACUUGAUGCUUGCCUGUUCUAGUACGCCCUCCAGUGUUCUCUCCCCCUCUACACCCUGAUCCUCCGGUUGCCUAUAAAAGGCUAACUCGGAACCAUUCCUAUGUGCUUCAAAAAAAGAGUACAAAGGUGAAGAUGAGCGGAACAAGCUGCCCCAACGCCUCUUACGCGAUGGCUGGGUUAAGGACAAAUGGGAACCGCCACCAAGCAAAGAGGAAUGAUAAGUGCUGUUGCUUUCAGAUGCCACUUCACUAUCCAAGGUACAAGAAGAGUGACUAUGAGAACAUGCCCGAGUGGCAGCUGGACUGCCUGCUUAACGAGUAUGGGCUGCCCGUCGUUGGAGAUAUCAACGAAAAGAGAAAGUUUGCUAUGGGAGCCUUUCUCUGGCCUUCCCAGAAUGAAUAGAGGUUAAUUUCAGGCAUCCGUCUGCUCUUGCUUCAGUAUGAAUUAUAUCAGCCUACUCUAUUCCCCUACUGUAUAUCAUCAUGCUUUAACUGAUUAAGUCUUGCAAUAUUCUGUACUCUUGAAGUAGCUUCGAUAGUUGGUGUCAGUGUAUUAUAUUUCACUAAUUAUGUAAUUUGGCGAUAUCAUUAAUUACCACCUUAUUGUAAUGGAAAUAUAGUUUCAAUUU